GAUGACAUCAGAAUCCACACGGGGAUCAACUACAAGUGCUACUGUGGAAUCUUCAACAGCAAGCACGGAGCAGGUCACGUCAUCCACUGGAAUGUCUAGAAUAUCACAGUCACCGUAUAAGUCACAUCCAGACUUACAUUCUACACCGUCAGGACACAUGUUUACAACGAAAGUUCCAGAACGGCCAAGAAUACGUAUGUUUCCAUAUGGAGAAGAAGAAGGUGAUACCCAUUUAAACCAUGGAGAUGAUGUGUACAGUUCUGCAAUCAACGUCCCAACCGGGUUUACCUGUGGAUGUCAUCGUGCCCACGACGUCUACGUAUAUACAGACGGGUAUAUCACAAUGGACAAAAUUCGGGUAAAUUCUAACCCUGAGAAACUGCCGUAUGGAGAAUACAAUAUGGUUGCGCCAUUCUGGUCCGACAUUGAUCUGAAAGGGACGAACUUCGCUGACAUUUCCUACCACCUGUAUGACAAAUACUCCGUCUCGAACACCUCUGCAAAUGAGGCGGAAAUCUUCCUGAAGUCAGCAGUGUCAACUUUGAAGUCACAUAACUCGGAGUUUGAGAACUUCACCGCUACGACAGCACUUCUAGUCACGUGGGAUCAUGUGAAUCCGUACCCUGCGAUUACAACUGCUCCUAGCCAGAAUACGACGUUCCAGCUACUGCUUGUAACCGACGGGGACGACACAUACGCCAUGUACAUCUAUGGAGACAUGGGGUGGACAGUGGACGCUGGCCGGAGCGCUGUGGUCGGCUGGCAGUGUGGGUCACAGGCGUACAGGAACAACCCCUUCAGCGAAACCACGUCUGUCUUCAGGAUCAACGAGAAGAUAGGAAACAUGGGGAACACCAUCGGAGCAUGGUACUACAAGCUGGGGCACUGCCAGCGGAAGGCGAGGAACCCCGCCCUGGAGUGCGUGAGAUGGUACCAAGAGGAGGCGGCGAAUCUGGGGGGCUAUACAACAGAACUUGACCAAGCCUACAGCUGCCCAUGCAGCUACUCACAGCUGCAGCUGGACCGAAGGUUCUCUGUGUACAGGGAUGGUUGUUUCUAUGCCACCCUCCCGAGGCCAGGCUUCAACACUACGGCUACAAGGCGAUGUUGCUACAACUCUUAUGGAUCGCUGGAAGUUCAGUACCCGUCAGGGGGUCACUUCGUGCGGCACUCCCCCUUCCUGCAGCCCGCAGCAUUCCUGCGGGAGGACGUGGAGCCACGCACCGUGUGCUGUGACUUGUCUGACCUCUGUGGCCUGUACCUCACAGAACUCCGACCUCCAGAUGACUGCCAUCUUUAUCAAACUCCUACACUAGCCACGUACUACGGCGACCCCCACCUGCAGACCAUGGACGGAUUGAACUACACAUUCAAUGGAUUGGGCGAGUACGUUCUCUUCCAAGUAGAGGAUCAGCACAAGCACCUCGUGUUCGAGAUCCAGGCCCGGACUGCAUCUGUGUCCACCUCCACCAACAACAACGCCACAAUAUUCACCGCAGUCGUCGUGCAGGACUACUUGGCGGGAUCUUCUAUUCAAGCCGAGCUUUCUCAGGACAAGAAAGGGCGAUCUGCUUUUUACAACAAUGGUAAUGAUAUCAGCGCUGACAUUAAAGGAAAUUUCAUGAGUAUAACAAACUCCUCAUCCAUUUGGACGGAUGGUCUCGUCAUCAUCGCCACGUUACCUUCAGGUGUAAGUGUCAACAUCACUCACAACGUACAGAUGCUAGACGUUGCCCUCACCGUGCCCUCUGAUUGGCGGAAUAACUCGGAUUUUACGAUCAGUGGACUGCUGGGAAAUUUCAAUGGCGACUUGACCGAUGACUUUACUCUACCAAAUGGCACUACUCUGAACCAUACGAUGCACGAUGAAGCCAUAUUUCAUAAGUUUGGAGAAAAAUGGCGCACAGUUCUGCCGAGUAUCAACAGGACAAAUGUGUUCAAGUACAACCCAGGGCGGGCCUCUUCCUUCUAUCAGCAUCCGGAAUUUCUUCCCAUGUUCCUUGACACAAUGAAUACAACACACGAGGCCGAGAUUGCUUGUGGACGCGACGACUUGGAGUGUAUCUAUGACUACGUGGUCACUGGAGACGCCACCAUAUCCAACAACACCAAAUACGUGAAAGAAACAGCAGCUGAGAAGAGGAUAUACACAGAAAACCAUGUCCCUCGAGUGAUCAGCGACGUGCAGGUGAACGCCACUGUUGGUAAAAGUGUCACUGUCACCGCCACAGCUCUCGACGACGACAUUGACCAGAACGUCACCCUGAUCAUGUCCGGAUCCUAUGAACACCAGAACAUGAGCAAAACUAACACCAGCCUUCAAUAUGUUUUCACUCCCGAUGGUGUAACACCCUUCAACAUCAGUUUUCACGCCGUAGACAGUGCCGGUGGGUCGUCGCCAACUCUGCAAGUUCGGAUUGUACUCUGCCCCAACUGCAGCAACAACGGCAAUUGUUACUUCCUUACGUCGCCCAACCAGAAUUUCCUUCCACUGAACUGCGAGUGCCCAUCUGGAUGGUUGGGGUCUACAUGCGACAUUGACUUCAAUGGUUGCCAACCCAACCCAUGCCCCACGGGUACCAACUGCACAGACCUCGCCCCAGCGGAGCAGCAGACACUGGGUCGCCCGAACAACUGUACAUGUCGCGAGGGAUUCAGUUUAUCAUACGGAAAAUGCACAGAUAUAGAUGAAUGCCGUGAUGAUCACCAUGGUUGCAACGGAACAUGUCACAACACCCCCGGCAGUUAUUACUGUACAUGCGACAAGGGCUACGUUCUAUCAUCCGAUGGUAAAGCAUGUCGAGACAUCAAUGAGUGUGACUUGAGACUUGACAACUGCGACCAAAUGUGUAACAACACCCCGGGGUCAUUUCAGUGCGCGUGUCACGAGGGGUACAACAUGACUGUAAACGGGACAUGUAAAGUCAUUGCAGCUGGUUCGAAGACGUGUGCUGAAAGUGGUCUGAACUGUUCCCACUGUUUGGAGGAUUCACGUGGUGCCGGGUGUUAUUGUCCACGAGGAUUGACACUGGUCGAUGGGACGAUAUGUCAAGACAUCGACGAAUGCUCCACCAAACAGCGUUGCGAUCACACCUGCAGCAACAUCGAAGGCGGCUUUCUCUGUUCCUGUGCUCCUGGAUACACCCUUCAGGUUGACAAGACCACGUGCAAAGCUUGCACGGUUCCCUUGAUGUUCGGUCCCAAUUGUUCAAUGAGCUGUGCCCAAUGUCAACAUCUUCAACGAUGCGACCAAGAGAAAGGGUGCAUCUGUGAGGAAGGUUAUACUGGAAGUGACUGCAGUGACGACAUAGACGAAUGUCAGAGAGACAGCUCCCCUUGUUCCGACAACUACGAACAAUGUGUCAACACUAUCGGUAGCUUCAUUUGUGACUGCAGGGGAGGGUAUUAUAGGAAUCCCAACGGUUCGUGCCAAAAUAUCGAUGAAUGUACCACAGGAGAUUACAGCUGUGAGGAACAUGCCAGUUGCCAUGACAAUGAAGGGAGCUACACGUGUGUUUGUGAUAAAGGUUUCUCUAAGAACGGGACACAGUGUAAAGACAUCGACGAAUGCACACUCAAGACAGACAACUGUGUACAAGAUUGCGAGAACGUGGAAGGCUCCUUCAACUGCCUCUGCCAUCCUAGCUACGUCUUAAACAGCGACGGCUUUAACUGUACAACUGACGUCGAAGAGCCAUGCCCAAUAGACUGUGGGAUACAUGCUGUAUGUAACGCCAGUGGCCCCUGUGUUUGUGAGAGGGGAUACGACAACGUUACCGGGAUAUGUGAAAAAAAGACCCAUGCAGCGGACGCCUCUGUACACAUGGCAAGUGUGAUAACAGCACGGGUUUCUGCCAGUGUCAUGAUGGAUACUUUCGUGGACAACACGAAACUAAGCUGUAUAGCCUGUCAUGACGGAACCUGGGGCCCUAACUGUACGCAUAGAUGUACCUGUGGUCCCAAAGCUACUACAACUGUCUGUAACCACAUCAGCGGAAACUGCACCUGUAGCCCCUACUGGACAGGACCAAACUGCACGACACACGAGAACGAGUGCGAUAGGGGCGUUUGUGGUAACGGAACUUGCACUAACACUCCUGAGUCGUACAACUGUUCUUGCAGUGAAGGGUACAGCUUCAACCCUGACAAAGGGCAAUGUGAAGACAUAGAUGAGUGUACAAGGAUGCGUGACAAGAUCUGCCUACAGAACAGUUCCUGUGACAACACCGACGGUGGCUACGUCUGUAAAUGCCACAACGGCUUCCAAUUACAGUCUGAUAACGUCACCUGCGUCCCGAUCCCACUGAAGACCGAUCCCACGACCACAUCCAUUAAGACAACCUCCACUGAACACCAAAGUAGUGCCACCAGCGCCAGCAGCCCCAGCUCCAGGCCCAGCACCAGCUCCAGCACCAGCACCAGCCCCAGCUCCAGUUCCAGCAACAGCAAGCAGCACCAGCACCAGCACCAGCACCAGCCCCAGCCCCAGCAACACUCUAUCGCCCUGGCUGUUGGGCUCGGCGUCGGUAUCCCCUUGCUCAUCAUCUUCGUCGUUGUGGUGGGCGUCUGUCUCUACAGGAGACGUGGUUUCAAAGGAGACGCAUUGGUCAACGAAAAUGAUCCAUACAAUGUUAGACCAGCGUUCGGAAGUUUGACAUCUGCGCUAAGAAGUCACGGUCGUCGACGCAACGAUGACGUCAUGCGCGGGAUGUAUAAUAAAUACUACAGUAACUGGGGCACCCCGGGCAACACAUUUAAGGGGACAACGCUAGGGGGCGCUUCCAGCCCUGAGUUCUACAGGUCCCCCAAGAAGAACAACCCCCUGGAGUUUAUACCACACACGCACCGAGCCGACGCCCCGACGUCAUCUUCGUCUGCGCAAGGGGACGACGACCACAAGCCUGCUCGCGACUCCAACUUCUCCUGGGACUUCCUAUACCAGACUCUGAAACCUGAGGAGGAUUUCCGACUACAGAGGCCCGUCGUGUCACCUGCUCAGCCCUCUGAGGUACUUCAACACUAUUCCAUUCCAAUAUUUUAUCUGUGCAUGGCAGAAGCUUAA